AUGCAUCGGAAGUCCCGGCCACGACGACCGCCGCUGUUGCUGUUGCUGCUACUUCACGUCCUCCUGGAAAAUCCAUACGUCGCUGGGACGAGCGCCGAGUACUCGCGGGCCUGCGACCAGGUGACCUGUAGGAUAGGCGAGCAAUGCGUGAGCCGAAAAUUCUGGUGCACCCGCCCGCCCUGUCCAAACAUGACCUACUGCUCAAAAUCGAGAAAAGAACUACUGAAGGGACCGGAAACUUGCGAGUCUGUCGUGUGCGCCCCGGGAUACAAAUGUCUCGUUCGUGUUCGGGAUUGCGAGUGGAACAAAAAGUGCAAACAGCGAACAGCGCGAUGCGUAACGGAGCGUGAGUACGAGGAGGGCCCGGCCAGUUGCGCCGACGUCGUGUGUCCCUCGAGCUAUCGCUGCGUCCUCAGGGAGAUCCACUGCUACCGGCCUCCUUGCAAGCUCACCAAAAGCUGUGCCCGUGACCGAGACGUUGCCAGGUGGUUCGACAGGUGCCGGAAAUUGGGCUGCCAAUCGGAGCACAACUGUUUCCUACGCAGACCACCCCCCCGGUGCACGGUGCCCCCCUGCGACCACGUACCGGACUGCCUCGAGAUUACGGAUUUCAGUGAGGAUGACCGCUGCCGCGGCUGGAUCUGCCCGACGAGCCAGGACUGCGUGAUCGACCACGCGAACUCAGGCGCCUGCAACUACGACCUCGCCAACGGACAGGAGGCCGAGUGCAGGAUCGUGAGGUCCUGCCGGGAAUCGAUACUCCUGCCGGCUACCCUCUUGGACAGCGCCGCUCUUGCCAGAGAUGCUGUGCAGGCAUCUGCGACAAAGGCGACCAAGACGAGGAGCAGCGGGGCAUCACCGGCAGGCGAAUCAGCUUGGCUGACCUAUUUGAGAUGGAAAGCCGGCGCCGAGGCCGUCCGUUAUUGGAUCGACAGGGCCAAGACCAGCCAGGACUACGAGGGCUUCCUCGAUUGGCUGGAACAGAUGGCGAACCUCCUGGGCCCGGACACGUACCGCCUCUGGCUGAGCGAGGUCGAGCUGGCGAGCAUCGACGCCCCGGAAUUCCAAUCCUGGCUGAACACGGCACGCGCCAACAACCGGUUGCCAGUGACGCGCGGCCGGCCGACACCCGACGACAGGACGCGACUCCCCGGCAGAUUCUUCUUCCCGGUCCGAAGAGUCUACUACGAGGACGACGACGGCAUCGAUCCCAUGGCUUCCGGCACGGGCUUUGACUUCUCCUACCACCAGCCACCACCACCACCACCACGAUCUUCGCCGUCACCAGCGUCAUCCUCGACCUCUGCAAAGCCGCAAACAAUACCUCCCGGCCGAGCUCCAUAUGAGCCCAGACUCGAGGACACGAGCGGCCAACAUAGCCCCGACUCAUCGGGUUUCAAUGAAGCCGGCCGAUUUACCGGGACGCCCGGAAUACAAAACGGCAGCCUCUCAUAUCCAACCGGUCAGCCACGAAAAUCCUUGCCAGCCUCGUCCGAGAUUGCCCAGGGGAUCCCGAGCUUCCAAGACCAGGAGUUUGUCAAUGGCCCCAAGAACUCGUGGAAAGCGUGGCAGUCCUAUUACCAGCUCAACCCGGUGGACACGCCACCUCCGUCGCUAAACAAUCCCGGGAGCAGCGGUGUGCGAGCCUCGGCCCAGCGGGACACGUACUACCUGAGCAACUACACCCGGGUCAGGCAGAACUACAGCCUCGAGCCCCAGAUGGCACAGCCGAAGGUUUUCUUUCCCAACGACAAGUUGCCGAGGGGGACCACCACCACACCGGCUUCCGACAAAUCCACACCCAACGUUGCCUCGAUCCUCGACUCGGUCGCAGGCUUCGAGCAGUACCGCCAGAUCAAGCCCAACAUACUGAAACUGUCAGCGGAAAACGCUAGUCCGGACGGCCAACAGCAGCCCAAAUUUUUGAUCUACUUCCCUCCGCCCUACAACUUUUUGAUCUACCACUCGGACGAGCGGACACCCCCGGCCAACGCGAGCCGCGACGGAGUGACCGAGCCUCCGGGCGAGGACAAGCGAGACAGGCAAUCCAGACGCGAGUACAUCAGGAAACUGCUCAAGGAGCUGCUCAAGUACUGGGACGAGGAGGAGAAAUCGUACGAGGACGGCGGCCCGGGCAACGGGACGACCGAGGCACCGCGGGUCAGUAACAGGACUAACUCCCAGUCGUCGAGGUCCAGCGCGCUGGACGAGAGGUUGGACGUCGACGACGACGACACGUCGCUGGACCAGUUUCUGGAUUGGCUCACUAAAAACACGUCCCUCCUGGAUCUGAAGCCACGGAGGAAGGGACCCCCCAGUUUUACGGACGAGGACGAGGACAAGACCGACAACGUGAUGAGCUCGCAGCAGGAGUCCCCUAGCCAUGGUGUGCCCUCGCCGAGGAAGGUGCGGAUCCUCGUGGACAUCGACAAGAACCCCGAGCUGAUGAGGGCCCUGUUCUCUCGGAACCUCAGCGAGGGCCCACCGGACAGCCCGGGCGAGUACCAGGUGAUCGUCAACCUCGAGGAUUACGUGGACCCGCAGGAAGAGGAGGUGAUAUCGCGCAAGCUCGUCGACAUCGUCAAGUACCAGCUGCGCCGGAACAUGACGCGGAACGGGACGCUGCCCGAGUCCCUGUGGGUUCUCCCGGUCUACGACGACGGGGCCAACGGGACCUCGGCUCAGGGACGAGUUGACGGUGACGACAGGCUACUAACCCUCAAGGACGUGGAUUUUCCCACGGACGCGCGGAGCAACGGCGACCUCAGAAGUGAGCAAAGGGGUCUCGACGACGUGGAAGGCGAUUACGGCGGGGACGACGAGGACGGGAAGUCCUACGCGGAAUCAAAGAUCCAACGAGUCACGAGUCGGUACAAGCUACAUCGGUACGCCGGUUGA